AUGGCCCCUGCUGUCUGGUGUCGCCUCGGCCGCAUCCUCUGGCUCGCCUGCCUGCUGCCCUUAGCUCCGGCGAGGGUGGCUGCAGGUCUGUAUGAACUCAAUGUCACCACCGAUGGCCCUGCCACCACGGGAGCAGAGGUGACCAUCUCAGCCAGCCUGGUGGCCAGGGACAAUGGCAGCCUGACCCUGCCCACCGACGCCCAGCUGUACAGCUUCCACUGGAUCCACACCCCGCUGCUGCUCACCAGCAAGGUCGAGGCGGACCUCACCUCUACCAUCCGCGUGGUGGCCAACGUGCCCGGGGACUUCCCGGUGUCCGUCUGGGUCACCGCUGCUGACUGCUGGAUGUGCCAGCCGGUGGCCAGGAGUCUCGUGGUCCUCCCGAUCACAGAGUCCCUAGUGGGGAACCUCGUUGUCACCCAAAACACCUCCCUGCCAUGGCCCAGUUCCUACCUCACCAAGACAGUGCUCAAAGUUUCCUUCCUCCUGCACGACCCUAGCAACUUCUUCAAGACUGCCUCCUUCCUCUACAGCUGGGACUUCGGAGAUGGGACCCAGAUGGUGACAGAGGACUCCAUGGUCUACUACAACUAUUCCAUUACGGGCGCCUUCAUAGUGAAGGUCAAGGUGGUGGCAGAGUGGGAGCAGACCCAGGUGGACGCCUCCAAGGGUAUCAUGCAGAAGACCGGGGACUUCUCAGCCUCCCUGAAGCUGCAGGAAACCCUCCAGGGCAUCCAGGUCCUGGGGCCCACCCUAAUUCAGACCUUCCAAAAGAUGACAGUGACUUUCAACUUUCUGGGAAGUCCCCCUCUGACUGUGUGCUGGAGGCUCAAGCCGGAGUGCCUCCCGCUGGAGGAAGGGGAGUGCUACCCUGUGUCAGUGGCCAGCACGGCUUACAACCUGACCCACACCUUCCGCGACCCCGGGGACUAUUGUUUCAGCAUCCGAGCCGAGAAUGUCAUCAGCAAGACACACCAGUACCACAGGAUCCAGGUGUGGCCCUCCAGCUUCCAGCCAGCUGUCUUUGCUUUCCCAUGUGCCACCCUGAUCACAGUGAUGCUGGCUUUUAUCAUGUACUUGACUCUCAGGAAUGCCACCCAGCAAAAGGACAUGGUGGAGGUGGCUGAUUUUGACUUUUCCCCCAUGUCUGACAAGAACCCGGAGCCACCCUCUGGGGUCAGGUGCUGCUGCCAGUUGUGCUGUGGACCGUUCUUGCUGGAGACGCCAUCAGAGUACCUGGAGAUCGUCCGGGAAAACCAUGGGCUGCUCCCACCCCUCUACAAGUCGGUUAAGACUUACACUGUGUGA